AGGAAGUUUCAUUUCACCAAUGGUCAACUUUCUGUGAUCUCCUCUAUAUCAAGAGACCAACUCUUGAAGCUCAGCAGAAGCAAUUAAUUAAGAAGAGUCAUGUAUGUUACGAGGCCUCUUUGGUUGUGUAAGAAAAAAGCUAGUACUCUUUCAGACACUUCAACUCAAGAAAAUCCGAAUUCAGGUUGUCUUGUGGUUUCAUCAAAUCAUGAAGAAUUAGAGAAAGUUAUCGAAAUAUGUCCGGGGAAUACCCGCAAGGCUAACCAACAUGACAAGCUUCCUUUUAUUCAAAAUUAUUUUACGGAUAUCGUUUAUUCUGGGGGAGAUUAUGAUGAUUUUGGUGGUCCAGUCAAAAGCCAUAUUGUUGUGUGGUUCAUACCUGUUGUUGAUCAACCUCCGUUUUCGAAUCGAUAUUAUGCCAUAGUUCCUUCCGGAAAAUACAAAGGGCAAGCAUGGACAUGUGCUAGAAAGGAGGAAAUGGCCACUACUUGGUUCGGUAAGCGUAAGAGCCCUACCGUGCCUAGUGUUUUAGAUCACAGAAACAUAUACCAACAAAUGAAAAUCGAAUACAAAAAUGGUGGUUUUGUUGCCAAAUCCGUUGCGCCUGAUGGGGUUCCCCCUUCAUUUCUAAGAAAACCAGUAUGGAAUGUCUUCUACAACAAUUCCGAUAAUUUGAACUUUUAUGGCGAAGCUUCGGGUCUUAAUACGUCUCAACGUCUGCACUUGCCGAACCUUAAUGAUAAAAAUAUGGAUGUUGGGAAAUGGUAUUGUCCUAGCCUGUUCAUAAGAGAGGGAAAUUCGAAUGACCAUGGUGUUAUUCCCUCCUCGUUCUAUGAUAUGAGUUUGGAGCAAUACUGGGAAGAAAUUUAUCAAUCUGAAUACAACAACGACGCUUCACAAGGCCAUGGCAAUAAGAACACUGUGGUUGUGAGUCAAGUUGUAGAAAAACAAUCGUUUAUGUUGUUUGGGGAGAAAGCUGCGGAAGACGAAACAAAUGGUGGAGUUGGAAGUGGUGAUGAUGCUGAUAAGUUUGUAUGGUUUGGAAAUGCUGAAGGAAAAAGUGUCGGGUUGAGUGUGGAGGUGAUUGCAAAAAUGAAACGCAUUCAAGAAUUAGGAGGAUGGAGUGGAGACGGAGAUAGCGCAGCAAGAGUUACGAAAGUGGAGAAGUUCGACGGUGGAGAAGGAAGCCGCGGAUGGAAAAGAUUUGGUUGUUUCGUGUUGGUGGAAAGGUUUGCACUGCGAAGAAUGGAUGGAACACUGGUUUUAACUUGUGACUAUAAACACCUUAACCGAAUUCAGUGCAAAUGGGAAUUGAAUGAAUGAAUUUGCUCCAGAAAUUAAGAGCGCACUGCCCACCAUUCAGGAGUCUUCAGGUGGGAUCUCGACUUGCUGAUCUUGUUGGAACCAAAAAAAUUUGUGCAACUUCUUUAAUAAAUUGUGUGUAUUUCUAAGUAAGAGUGCAUUUAUUUUUGAUUUGUUUGGGGAUGUCUAUUGCUUCGUAAUAUUAAAAUAUAGAU